AUUGAUUGAUUUUGGUACUGAUGAACAUGAAUAUGACGAAGUUCAAGAUUUACCAGAAGAAUCAACAACCAAUAAUCAAUCAUUACUCUAUAACAGCCAAAACGACAACCAAAAUAUUGUCAAUAAUAAUAACAUUAUUGCUGGCACAUCAGCUGCAACAACAACAGGAACACAUAUACCAACAACUGCAGCAGCAGCAUCAGCAGCUUUUAUCAAUAACAAUAAUAAUUUGGAUUUGCCACCGGAAUUACCGCCACCAAAACAAAAAACAUCUGCUGUAAAUUCCAAAAAUUCCAAAACGAAAUCCUCUUCUAAAGCUUCGAAAUCUAAAAUACCACGUUCUCCUUCGUUGGCCAGUACCUUGAGCUAUAAUAACUUUCAACCACCACCGAUAUCGGGUAUACCACCACAGACGCCACCACUUCCUUUGGGCUAUCAAAAUAAAGGAAAAUCUCUUAAUCCACCACCCACUUCCCCUUUGACCAAUAAUAAUGUUAGUAUUUUUAGCAGUAAUCCGAGUAACAACAAUAAUAUAAUGGCUGGUGGUAGUGGUAAUAGUGGUGUGGGAGGCGGCGGCGGUGGUUUAAGUGCCUCGAAUGGUAAUGCUCAGCGUAAUAGUGCUAAUAUGUCGGCUAACUCUCGUCGCCCUCAGAUUCAGAUAUCGACGCCCAUUGCUGGUGAAUCGCUGAAAAAUUUCCAAUAUUUAACAUUGACCGUACGCAAGGAUGAAAAUGGUUAUGGCAUGAAGGUUUCUGGUGACAAUCCUGUUUUUGUUGAAAGCGUGAAACCAGGUGGUGCAGCACAAAUUGCUGGUUUAGUUGCUGGCGACAUGAUCUUAAAGGUCAAUGGUACAGAAGUACGUUCGGAGAAACAUCCAACUGUUGUUAGUUUAAUAAAAGCCUCGACAAUUGUUGAAUUGGCGGUAAAACGUAGUCAAAAAUUGGCAAGACCCACUUCGGUGGGUAUAGUACCCUCAACACCGGUACUCUCGGGCAGAGAUCGUACGGCCUCAAUAACUGGACCCCAGCCUGUGGAUAGCAUUAAACGUCGUGAAAUGGAAACUUAUAAGAUUCAGACACUCCAAAAAAUGCUCGAACAGGAAAAACUAAAUUUGGAACGUUUAAAGGGUGAUACGAAUAAUCCUAGUUAUAAGUUAUCUGAGGCCAAUAUUAAGAAAUUACGUGAACAAUUGCGCCAAGUGGGUGCUGAGGAUGCACCGCCGCCAGUUAAAGCAACGGCAAAUAAUAAUAAAAAUCAAACAUCUUCAUCUUCAUCACAAAAUACUACUUCCACACAUCUCAAUCACCAACUCCACUCUUCCUCACACAACCAACAACAACAACACAGUCACCAACUCCACAGUCAAGCCACCACACCACAGCCACAACCAUCAUCACCAGCAUUUCUAUCACUUUUACCGCGUUCGCUAUCGUCUCUAUCGUUGGGUGGUCGUAGAAAUAAAAUCGAAAAAGAUCUUAUAACAGCUCCUUUGAAUAAUACAACGGAUUUCUUGCAUACUUCUUCGACGACGGGUCAUAUGAUGACAACAACUUCACCCACUCCCUCGUACAAUAUGUCACAAUCUCUACAUACUCCUUUACAGACCCAGCAGCAUCGUAAUUCGGCCCAACAGCUGUUUCAUUUGCAUCAACAGCAAUUGCAACAGUUGCAACAACAGCAGCAACAACAAGGCAAGGGUACACCCAAGACUUCAAAGAGUAAAAAUAAAUUUGCUGCCCAAUCGAAGAGUUUAAUAGAAGAAGACAUUCCACCGCCUUUACCGCAACGCAAUAUACCCCGACAGCUGCAAUUGGAAGGUGGUAACAACAGCAACAACAAUGGUAAUAUACAAACUCCUCCUCAUACCUUCUCACCCAUAUCGGAUUUGGAUCAUACAGCUAAUGCCGUGAUAGUAGCCGGAGGAGCAGCUUCACCUUUACGCAAUUCUCCACAACCAGCUUCGGCUUCUGGCACCAAUUCUCCCCAAAAUGUGGUGGUACAGAAUUGUCAGAAAUCUAAACGUUCCAAAACGAAAACAAAAGCUCUUUCCGAUCCUAAAAUGUCUACACAAAUGUUUUUACAAAUGGAAGGUGCUCCCGGGCACUUUGUCAAUCAAAUGGGUGAUGGCUCGGAAUUAGAAGAAAUACCGCCACCUCUACCACCCCGCCAACCAGGCAUGUUAGAAGAAUCUCAAUUGGCUGGUCACCGUGGCAGUAUACAGAAUUUGAACACUAAUGUAAGGCCACCACCGAAUAGUAUAGAUACUCUUAUGCAAUAUCCUCUAGUAUCCACCUGUACUCCUGUGCAUCGUGAUAAUAUGGCUGCUGCUUUUCCACUCUCUCAACGUCCCAAUAUUGUACAGCAAUUGCAGCAGCAUCAACAGCAACAACAGCAGCAGCAACAACAACAAUUGCAUGGUGGUGUUGCUGGUGGUAGUGGUGGCCUGGGUGUUACUAAUGCGGGUGUUUUGGGACAAACACCACACAAUCUGAAUCAUAUGAGUAAACACAGACGUGUGGUAUCUUCACCCGAUAAUAUGCAUACUAGACAUCCGGAACGCCAAAUAAAAACGAACUCUGGUUCUUGGGAACUAAUCGAAAAAGACGACGAGGAAACACCACCGGGCACACCUCCACCACCCUAUCGACAUGCCCACUCUGCCAGCAUGUCCGGCACUGAGGAUAGUAUGCAUGAACAUGGAGCAGCAUCGACAAGUGGCAUUUUUGUGGAAUCACAUCAUUUUACACCCUUGGCGGGAGCCAUCUCACCACCGCCCACCUCACAUUCCAGUCGCAUACAGGCGGCUCAAACAAGUGUCACUCAAAAAGAAAUCAUUUCUAUGGAAGAUGAAGAUGCCUCCGAUCAAGAGGGUCCUUUCAUUGAUGAAAAUGGUCCCUUUAAUUCCUUACAAAGAUUGCUGGAAGCAGAGAAUGUAGCAUUUUUGGCAGUAUUUUUAAAUUAUGUACUUUCGAAUUCCGAACCUGCUCCUCUACUGUUUUAUCUUAUAACGGCUCUCUAUAAAGAGGGUACCUCCAAAGAUAUGCGUAAAUGGGUUUAUGAAAUACACUCUACUUUCCUAGUGCCUCGUGCCCCUCUAGCCUGGUAUAGACAAGAUGAGUCGUUGGCCCGUGAGGUGGAUGCUGUGCUACAAAAUGAAUUUGAUAAAGUGGAAAUAUUGCGUAAAGUAUUUUGGAAAAGUCGCAAAAAGGCCCGUGAUAUUAUAUGUGAACAACUAAGAGAAUUUCAACAGAAAAGAACCGCUGGUUUGGGUACCAUCUAUGGUCCCACCGAUGCUCAGCUAAUGGAAGCCAAGGGUGAUAAACAAAAGGAACAGCAUAUAUUUGAGGAAACUCUUAUGAAGAAAUUACAAUAUUUAAUAGACGAAUAUGAAAAAGAUUUACCGGCUGAGGAUCCCAAGAAAUUGGCUUUAUGUUCGGCUUUGUCAACUGUCAUACAUCGUACGUUUAUAACACGUUCCCAUCCGAAUAGUAUUAUCGAUCGUGUUCAUCAUUUUGUUAGUCGUGAAAAAAGUUUCAAAUCACGUUUAAUGGGCAAAAAGGGAAAGAUGAUUGUACGUGGUCAUCCAUUAGUAUUGCAACAAUACUAUGAAGUGACCCACUGUAAUCAUUGUCAAACAAUAAUAUGGGGUGUCAGUCCUCAAGGUUUUCAUUGUACAGACUGUAAAUUAAAUAUUCACCGUCCCUGUUCGAAAAUAUUAGAAGAAAAUUGUCCAGGCCCAUUACCGCAAGCCAAACGUAAAGAUAAAGAUUUACAUAAUGAUAAUAAAAUCAGUAAAUUAAUUAUGGGUAAAAUACGUCCCAAGACAUCGUCAGACAUGAGUGGUGAUAAACGUCAACGUCAAGAUCCGGAGGAUUUUGAUCCUAUGGAUUUUCCCAUUGGUAAGUUGCUGUUUUACUCUAACCGUUUUAUUCAAAUAAAAAUUGCAUUUAAGGUAUGAAAUUAUCAAAUUACC